UUUUUAUUUUUAUUUAUUUAUUUGGAUUGGGCAACAAAGAGGCACUUGACAUAACAAAUUGAGAACUUGGAUGGAAAACCUGAUGAGCAAGUGGAAAUAUCAAAGUUAAUUAAGAAUGAGGUUACUAAUGUUCAUGGUGAUCUUUCUCAAAUUGGCUUUGACUUGGACGCACUAUAGAGAAUGGUUUGUGGCUUGGGAUUUAUCAUACAAUAGCGUAACUGGACCUGUGCCUCAGCUUCUAUCAGAACUGCCUGCUUUGGAGAUUUUGAAUUUAACAAGCAACAAUCUCACAGGUUCUGUUCCCAAGGCUUUGAUGGAGAAGUCCUCCUUGUUAUUAAUAUGUGACUCGUUCUCAUUUUUGUUUCAUUAAGAAUGUUGGAAUGAAUAUUCUAUAAUUCUUAGAAAAUGUUUUGUUGUAGUACAAAUGGCAAUCCAAAUAUUUGUCAGUCGG